AUGGAGAACGCUGCGGUUUUAUUGCACUAUUUUUCCGACUCAAGCGACGAAGAGGAACAAUUCGCGGAACAGAUGUUAUUAUACGCACAUGGAUCAUUUUCGUCAUCUGGUGACAACAAUAAAAGAGGAUCUCGGCUAGGAAAAAGCGGAAAUAUUAACAGACACGCAGUGGAAGGAGCAAUCCGAUUAUUCAACGACUAUUUUUCUACUACUCCAGUUUAUACCGAUAAACAGUUCCGGCGGCGCUUCCGGAUGCAUCGAAAUUUAUUUCUUAAAAUUUCUUCGGCAAUGGAAGCGAACACGUAUUUCGUACAAAAACCGGAUGCUACUGGUAAGAUGGGCUUGUCAUGUCUUCAGAAGUGCACAGCGGCUAUUCGGCAACUGGCGUAUGGCUCCCCGUCAGAUGCUAUAGAUGAAUAUGUACGAAUGGCUGAAUCGACAGCUCGAAAGUGUCUGCUUGAAUUCUGCUGCACAGUGGAGAAAGUUUUCGGUAAUGAAUAUCUGCGAUCUCCAACUCAGGAGGACAUUGCGCGUUUGCUGAGAGUAGGUGAAGAACGGGGAUUUCCCGGCAUGCUCGGAUCGUUGGACUGUUGCCACUGGCAGUGGAAAAACUGCCCUAGCGCCUGGGCUGGGCAGUAUAAGGGAAAGGAGAAGAAGCCCACAAUUAUCUUAGAGGCCGUUGCGUCGUAUGAUUUGUGGAUAUGGCACGCGUUUUUCGGUAUGCCUGGAUCGAACAACGAUAUAAACGUGAUGGGUAGGUCUCCAUUGUUCUCCAAUUAUUACAAUGGAAAAACUCCUCCAGUUCAAUUCGAAGUAAAUGGUCGUACCUAUAAUACUGGGUAUUACUUAGACGACGGAAUAUAUCCUCCACACGCAACGCUGGUUCAAUCAAUAUCGUCACCAGUGGGUUUGAAGCGCAAGUAUUUUGCAGAUAAGCAAGAAUCGGCCAGAAAGGAUGUCGAAAGGGCGUUUGGAGCGUUAAUGGGACGAUUCGCUAUACUUAAAAAUCCGGCUCGGCUAUGGAAUAAGAAUGAUUUGAAAUCCAUUAUGCGUGCUUGUAUAAUACUUCACAAUAUGAUUAUCGAAGAUGAAUCAUAUAAUAAUUCGACAUCAGAUAACUUCACAACGUUCCUCAAUCGAUACAAGAAAGUUCACAACAGGCAGCUUCAUUAUCAACUCCAGAACGACCUGGUCGAGCAUCUAUGGAAUAUGAAGGGAAACGAAGAUUAG